AUGUUUGCCGGUGCCUUCCAGGUUUCUGUGGAAACGAAAACAGCGCUCCUUAAUGUGCUUUUUGCCUAUCUUGAAGCAUGUCCCACACAGUAUCUGGCCCUUCUUUUCAACGAUUUCGCCCUUGCGCCACUCGUGAUCCCCUUAGACGACGACACGGCCGUUCUGAAAUGUUUUACGAUUGCCACGUGGAUAAGACUUAAUGGCGCUCUCGCACCGGACUCGGAAACCGACACCUUUCUGCCGCUCACGCUCUUUCUGUUGGUGAAUUCUGCUGACCACGAGCCGCUCAUCGUGCAGAUCCAGCUUUGGCAUGACAAGUUCUUUGUCAACACCAUAAAUCGGGGAAACGGAUCGAAAUGCCGCUUCAUGUUCAACCACGUGCUAAAACUGCGACUGCAGCGCCAAGAAUUCACACAUUUUGUGCUCACCUACGACAAGUACCAAAAUCUUAAUCUAUACAUUGACGGCGAUUACAGCGAGUCCAUUCCGUGCCCGGUGAUCUCAAAGGCUGACACAAGAUGGAUCAAACUAUAUGUGGGUGACCCGCUGGACCCGCUGGAACGGGACAAUGGAGGCAUGAACUUGUUUUCUAAGCAAGAAUUGUUAAUAAAUAAUCUUGUUGUCUUAGACAUUGCUUGCACCUUCGAGUGGGUUAGCCUUCUAUUCUUCUUGGGUAUUGGCUAUGAUUGGUCACAGAAAGAGUUUCUGGAGCACAACAUCACGGGGUUCUUGGAUCACUUAUCUAAACAAAACUACGUCCUGAUGAGCUAUCGUGUGGCAGACAUUCUCAGCUCUAGGGGCCAGCAAGUGCCAUACCGCAUGGAGAGCCACCAGCGGCUCGCACUAUCAAAGAAGAAACAAGUGCCUGUGGGAAUCCUGUUACCAAACAAAGCACAAAUGGUCAGUCUUUUGGCAGAAACAAAAAUCACCACUGCAAACUUUCUUUUAGACAUAACCAACCCGCAGUUUAUCGAGUUCAUUGCCAGGGCAAAUGGUCAGCAGAUUGUUCAUCACCAAUUCAACGCUUUCUGCAGCUCGCUCUAUUGUUGGGGAGGCUCUGCUCUCUUACUUUCGAUGAUGGAAGCCAUCAUGAAAGCCGACUAUACUGAUCUGCGUCAUCGAGACUUCUUGUUUUUUGAAACGCUGCGGUUGCUUCUCUUAUGCUUGGAGAAAGAUGUCCAGCUCAGUCAAGAGUUCGAGACUAGUGAUGGUUAUUGGGCCCUUGCGUUGUUGAUCGACUGUUACAAGUCAAACUUCAACGCAAAUCUAGAGCUCAAAGAUUGGUCUGAAUUUCAGAUCCCCGCUUGCCCAUCAAGAGAUGAACUCAACCCAAGUCUCUUGGGAGGCAGCUAUUUCAGAAUGAUCAUUGGCUUCACAAGUGCAAGCGACAAUUCCGGACCUUACAUUUCCAAUCCACUUGCAUUUCAAACGUUGGUGCUAAACUUCGAUAUUUUUUCGAGUACUACCGGCUUUUCGAGCCUAGAAAGGCAUAUCCUAGACUUGACAGCUACAGAAAAACACCACUUCUACAAUGUCAAGGAACUUAGUAAAAUGAAAGUCCUUAAAAAACUUUUACAGCACAUCAAGUCCAGCAUUAUUGAAGGAACGGACAUGGGAAAAAUCAAACAUUUAUCCCAACUACUUGCAACAAUGAUCAAAGUGGAAGUUUCUGUUGAAUCCAUAAAGCUUGUGUCAAACUUUGUUAUUUUUGCUCUUUAUAACGAGCCCUUCAGGGAAGAAUCGCAGCUCAUUGGUCUUGAAGCUCUAGUUGCCUUGACAAACACGCUCUGCGGUUCUUCUUCUUUGGUGAAACUGCUCAAAAAGUUUUCUCGCUCUAUUUCCAUUCAUUGGAUAUUACUACUCUUAAACUUUGAGGGUGAAAACAAGCAUAUGUCAGCAAAAAUUGUCUGCUGCGCAAUAGGACUUUUAUCCAAGUUUUUACGAGUUCUUGGCCCACAUAUGAUCAAGCGUUUCUUCCAAGCCAAUAGGGGGCUCAGCGUGCUAAGCUAUUUCCUUCAGAACUGGUGGAAUAAUGAUAGCGUUGUCAGUGUUCUCUUCAUGAACAGUUUUGGUGUUGAUAAUGAUAAUUAUGGAUCCGAGUUGGAUUCACUUCCUGAUCUCAUCAGAAACAAAAAACUAACCCAUACUACUAGGGCCACUUUGAUUCCAGAUUAUAUUAACUUGUUGAACAAGUUAGUUUUGACGGGUUUAAUUCAAUUGGGACAGAAACAAGGUAAGGUCUUGAGCACCCCCAGUUCCCCACUUAGAAGCUUCCUGACCGGGACCUCCAUCAAUGACCAGGUUUCAGAACUUUAUCUUGACGUCAUGCACCUUAUCAAUCAAAUCGCAGAUAUGAUUGAGACUGGAUUCUCUGAAUCCGUGGCACUUCAGGCUAUUUUUGUAACCAAAGACUGGCUUGAAGGUGCUUUCGAAAUAGUUGCGCACUUAAAAGUUCUCGGAGAAAGCUCACAUCCUACAACGCAAAUCAAAAUUGAUUUUGAAGCUUGUUUGACUAGGUAUGUCUCUGUCUUGAGUGCCAUAUUUGUGUCCAUGCUAUUAGACGUCAAGAAAUUGCUUAGUAUCAUGAAGCUCCUUAGCGACAUUACUAAAAAGUUGAUAAUUGACAUCAUUUUUCCAAACAUAUUUGGCCAUAUCAAUGGAUUUCUUUUCAACUCAAAUUUUAUCUUCAAGGAGCUGGAAUUUAUCAAAGGUGCGACAGAAAUACUUAACAUUUAUCAUCACGACUUUGUGCUCCAGAACUAUUUCAUCAGCCGAGAAAAUUUGGAUGCCUACUUAACUUGUCUAGUCGCUGUCAUAGAGACUAGUGAUACCCAAUCAUGCGUGAUGCAUCAACUUGGGCCAAUUUUGGGACAUGCGCUUAUAAUGCGUUUAUCGACAAUCUCUCAUACUACAAGCGAUACAGACGAGUUUGAUGAGGAACUCGAAAAUGACUUCUCUGAGGACCUUGAUGAAAACGUGAAGUUUUGCUUAAACAAGCAAUUGCUCAUCUUAGAUCUGCUGGUUUUGAAUGACACAAACUUGCGUCUGACCAUAGAGCUCAUAAUGGGAAAUUUUCUCAAGUUGUCCCCACAAAAACAGUAUGAACUUUCUGAGCAUGUGCUUAAUUUCCUCAGAUCUGCGAUUGUUAUGAGAGAAAAUGACUUCAGUCAGAUUAUGAUACAAAUGACUCAUGUAAGUGACUAUCAAAACUCAAGCGGAAUAUUGUCAGAGUUUUUCUCAUUUUUAGCUACUCACAACGACGAGGAGACUGUGAAGUACAUCCAAAAAUUCCCCACCACGAAACACAUUUUCAAUAAGAAUUUCCAUUUCAGGCUCAGCAAGUUGAGAGACAUAGGUCAUGUUAGUGUGUUAGAUAUGAUGCAAGUGGUUAUAAACAGUGGUGGAAAUCUCGGGAAUACAAAUAGUGCACAGUUACAAAGUUUUGAGAGAGACUGUAAAAAUUUAAAACUGGGCACUAUAACUCAAGAACUCAUAAAAUACAACUGGGAUCUUCAAGAUACGCACGAAAACUUUCAAUUCCGGUCUACUUCAUACAUAGCCCUCAAAGCGGACGUGCACAGGUUGCUUCAAGAGUCUCCCAUAACCAAAACAGACUUCACGCUCGACUAUAUUGAAGGUGCAAAUCGAAUGAGAAUGUUGCUUGUGAGCGAAGAUCAGAUGCCAGAAUCUGAAAAGCUAAGCUAUUCCGUAAAAGUGCCCAGAAAAACGUUAGACACUGCUGAAAUCCAAAAUGCCGCAAGUUUGUCUCUCGAAUCUGUCUUUUCUGCAUUUGGAAUCCAAGACUCCUUGUUUCUGGACCCUUCAAGCUUGGAAGUUGACUGGAAUGAAUAUGAAGAAAUAGAUGAAAAUGGAGAGUCUAGCUGCAGCAUCAAAACUUCUAAUGAAGAUCGAAACAGAAAGGUGCUCCGCAGUUUAUACUUUGGUGACCAAAUUCAGGCUUUGUUCAACGUCUCUAAAGUUGGUGGAUUGGAUGCUGUCGAAAGCUUAAUGAUUUUGGGAAAUAGCCAUCUCUACUUUAUUGAGAACUUCUUCCACUGUGAUGAUGGAAACGUUGUGGAUAUCAAUGAGGUCCCGCACGAAUGGAGAGAUCCGUAUUUGCAAUUUAUCAAACCGCAAGCCACGGAGAAUCAAGGAAACAGAGGCUAUAGAACUAAAAUUUGGAGUUUGAAAAGCUUCGCUUGCGUUUGCAAGAGAAAAUUUUUGUUACGUGACAUUGCCCUAGAACUCUUUUUUGAUGACGGCGCAAGUCUUCUCAUCACAUGUUUGUCGACCAAGCAAAGAGAUGCAAUCCAUGGUAGACUAUCCCCUUACUCUUCGGGCGAGAGUUUGGAUAAAGAUUUAAGAGUUACAUUAGAGGUAUCAUCAUCAUAUUCUCUGCAGCUUUCGCAAAGCACUCAGUCAACGGGUUAUUACUUGAGGUCAAGACUCGCUUCUGCAUUUUCGGCUGGCUUUACCGGUAGCCUGAGCUUUUCCGAAAUUACGAAAAAGUGGAAGAUGGGUAUGAUGUCAAAUUUUUACUACUUGCUAUCUAUCAACACUAUGGCUGGGCGCACAUUUAAUGAUCUAACUCAAUAUCCUAUUUUUCCAUGGGUCAUAGCUGAUUACGAGAGUUCAGAGCUUGAUUUCAGCAAUCCAGAAACUUUCCGUGAUCUUUCAAAACCCAUGGGAGCUCAGUCUUCGAAGCGUGCCGAGGAAUAUCGAGAAAGAUUUGAUGCACUCGCUAGCAUGGAUGACGGCAAUGCCCCUCCCUUUCACUACGGUACUCAUUAUUCAUCGGCGAUGAUAGUCACUUCUUAUCUCAUCCGACUUAAACCUUACGUGCAUUCUUAUCUUCUCCUUCAAGGUGGAAAAUUUGAUCAUGCCGAUCGUUUGUUUAAUUCCGUCGGGAAAGCAUGGACGUCCGCGUCAAAAGAAAACACUACAGAUGUCAGGGAACUUACCCCUGAGUUUUUCUAUCUUCCCGAAUUCUUAGAAAAUAGGAACCAUUUUGAAUUUGGGGAGUUGCACGACGGAAAUAUUUCGAAUGAUGUCGUUCUUCCCAAAUGGGCUAAAGGAGAUCCCAAAAUCUUUAUUGCGAAAAACAGAGAGGCUUUGGAAAGCGCUCAUGUGUCCGCAAACUUACAUCAUUGGAUAGACUUAAUAUUCGGGUUCAAGCAAAGUGGUGAAGAAGCGAUCAAAGCAUUGAACGUAUUUCACCAUCUGUCAUAUGAUGGAGCUAUAAAUCUUGACACCAUCAAAGAUGAAACAGAAAAGCGAGCAGUAAUUGGAAUGAUCAACAAUUUUGGUCAAACGCCCGUGAAAUUGUUCUCCAAACCUCACCCGAUGAAAGAGAUUUUGAACAUGCCAUAUGUGCUGCUUUCUUUUGCAGAAACAAAUAGGAAGUCUCCAGUAUGCACUUUUGAUUGUGGGUCCAGUUUCCCCAUUGGGAAACUAGAGAUUGGCUCGAAGUCUAAAAAAUGGGUCGGAAGGCCUCCACAUACUUCUUUCGAGGACCAGAUUUUGAUUAAAAAGCCAUCACUUGGCCCACAUGAUGUCGCGAGUGGCUCUUUGUUCAUCAAGAGCACUUUAUUCAUGAAUCUAUACCUGAGUAACAUCUCAUCGCUUGUUCAAAUUGAAAAUAAGUUCUUUAUAACCGGCUCAAAUGAUGGAAUGAUUCACAUCUGGAAUUGCUCGCUUCAUCCCACUUUGAGUGUAAAGAUUCACUCUGUGCUUCGGGGCCAUCUAAGCGCAAUAAGAUCGUUAUGUUACAGCAAGGCUUUCAAAAUUUGCUUAAGUCUUGAUGCUGAAGGUGGAAUAAUCCAGUGGGAUAUCACAAGAUUUAAGUUCGUUAGGAGAAUCAGAAAUUCUCUGCCCCUGGAAAAUUCCAAGUUGCUUAUGGCCAUAUCCAAUGAUACUGGAAACUUUUGCACGGUCAACAGCACAAAGUACAACAACAUCUUGACAUUGUAUACAUUGAAUGGAGAUGAAAUUGCCCAAGCCUCACUCAGGCCAGGGCAUAUCACAGCAGUCUCUAUUGCGCAGGCCAAUGAUUCGCUUGUGGAACUGCUCAAGACAGAUUAUCAGCACUCAUACUGGAAAGAUGAGUAUGUUGUUUUAAGCUAUUCUUCCCCGCAGGUGAGCUUACACAUUUACAAACUUCAAGUCAAUACUAGCGGUUGGGCUUUGGUGUUGGUUCAGGAAGCAGACAUCAAGAACUUUAUAGGCGGACACGUCACAUCGUUGCAGGUGUAUAAGCAGACUGAGGUUUGUGAGGAGGAUAGCUUGAGUCGUGGGAGAUUGCUGUUCGUAAUUGGCGACUUUAAAGGCCGAGUGUACGUCUGGUGA